GAAAGACAAGUGUUCUCGCUCUUUCUUGGGUGCUAUGUUUCCGUGAAAGACCAAGACCGGUACUACAACAAACGACGCUAUGCUUAUUGUUCAUUUGCGCAAUGCAAUUGUUUCUCUAUCAAACAAACACCAGAACUUGAAGCAAUGGAAGCAGGUUCAAUCCAUCAUCAUCACAUCCUCUCUCUAUUCAUUCCAAGACGCCAUUUUCCUCACCAAACUCGUCCAAUGCGCUCCAUUUUCUCAAACACAAACUUCCUCUCUCCGCCUUCUACUCAACACCAUCCACACUCCCAACACUCGCUUAUUCAAUAAAGUUAUUACAUCUUUCUCUAUUAGCUCUCACCCGGAAACAACACUUCUUUGUUAUGCGAAAAUGAGAGAAAAGGGUGUAGAGCCAGAUAAACACACGUUCCCUUUGCUUCUCAAGAUGUUUUCGAAGGGUGUUAUUGUUCAUGAUCAUGACCCUUUUAUGGUUUAUGCUCAAAUUUUUAAACUUGGGUUUGAUCGUGAUCGUUUUGUUGGUAAUGCUUUGAUUUCGGCUUUUGGGUGUUCUGGGUUUAUGGAAAGUGCGUGCCGUGUGUUUGAUGAAAGUCCUGAGAAGGAUGUUGUUGCUUGGACUGCAUUGAUUAAUGGGUAUGUUAAAAAUGGUCUUCCUGGUGAGGCGUUGAAGUGUUUUGUGGAGAUGAGAUCAAAUGGUGCUGUGAUUGAUGGUGUCACUGUUGCUAGCAUUUUGCGUGCUGCUGCGAUGGUGUGUGAUGAUUAUUUUGGAAAGUGUGUUCAUGGGUUUUAUGUGGCAGCGGGGAGAGUGAGUUUGGAUGGUUCGGUUUAUUGUGCCCUUGUGGAUAUGUACUUCAAGUGCGGUCAAUGUGAAGAUGCCUGCAAAGUGUUUGAUGAGAUGCCUUACAGGGAUGUGGUUGCUUGGACAGUGCUGGUGGCUGGUUUUGUGCAAUGUAACAAGUAUCAAGAUGCACUCUGUGUCUUCCAGAGUAUGUUGUUAGAUAAUGUUAUACCGAAUGAAUUUACAUUGACUAGUGUUCUUAGUGCUUGUGCUCAUGUAGGGGCAUUGGACCAAGGAAGGUCGGUGCAUAGAUACUUAGACUGUAACAAGGUGAAGCUGAAUGUAGUUCUAGGGAUGGCAUUGGUAGAUAUGUAUGCAAAAUGUGGGUGCAUAGAUGAAGCUUUAAGGGUAUUUGAAAACUUGCAAGUCAAGAAUGUGCACACUUGGACGGCAAUGAUUAAUGGGUUAGCUGUGCAUGGGGACGCCUUAGGAGCAUUGAAUGUCUUUUCACGCAUGUUGGAAGGUGGUAUUCAACCUAAUGAAGUUACCUUCCUCGGUGUUCUUGGUGCGUGCUCUCAUGGAGGCUUUGUAGAGGAGGGCAAGCAGUUAUUUGAAUUGAUGAGACAUACUUAUCAUUUGAAGCCAAACAUGGAGCACUAUGGAUGCAUGGUUGAUCUCCUUGGUCGAGCGGGAUAUUUGGAAGAAGCAAAACAAAUUAUUGAUAAUAUGCCAAUGAAGCCUAGCCCUGGGGUCUUGGUAGCUUUAUUAGGUGCCUGCGUGAGCCACAAAGAUUUCCUAAUGGGUAAACAUAUAGGGAACAUUUUGGUUAAUCUACAGCUGAACCACAACUCUGGAUAUGCACUCCUGACAAACUUGUAUUCAAUGUGUCAAAACUGGGAAGCAGCGGCGCAGGUCAGGAAGCUCAUGAAAGGAAUGCAGGUGGAAAAGACUCCAGGAUAUAGUUGGAUAGAAGUGGCCGGCUCAGUUCACGAGUUUAAAGCAUUUGAUCAUUCACACAGCAAAUUAUCUGGUGUUUAUUUGAUGCUGGAGAAUUUAAUAUUGCAACUGAAACUGGUCGACCCAGAUCCAUGGAACGGAGACCUUGACCUUGCAUUUAACACUAACACAGGUUGAGACCAACAAGACUACAAUACCUCUAGUGAUUUAAUAUUACAGCUCUCAGUGUGUAAUUGCCUUGACUGUGAAAGAGCUAUUAUUUCAAAAGAGGAUGAGCAUGUAGAGGGUGUUGUGAACUGGCAAUGUAUGUGACUAGUUCCUAAUGAUUAAACAGCUCUGCAUUCCUAUGCAUCUGGCUAGUUGCAUCUGAGCAGUUGGCUGAAAUUCGCUUGUACAGUUAAAAGUAACAUUAAUGACUGAUUCACAUUAAGUGUCCCUGAUCUUUUGCAUAACUUCUUGUGAGAUUUUGAAGCCAGAAAUCAUCAAGCUAAUCAACCCUUAACUCACCCCGAAGGAAGUUAUAGUUAAAUGUUUUGGUGUGAAACCUGUGUGUUCUCUUUAUCAUCAAGCCAAACUAGAAUAAAAUUGUAUUUGAUCCUUUCUUGAGAUUUGGCUCCAAGAAUAUCGCGGAACAUGCUUUAUUCAUUAUCGCAGUUCAAGUAUGUCUUCUAUUUUCUGGUAUGGAAAUCUUCCCUGUCUCUGACAUCUCAUUCUGCAUGGUUGUGUUUGCAUGUUGAUUUCAGCGUAUCAUAAAUGACUAGCAGAAAUGACAGGUGGUUUCCAAAAGGCAAUGUUCUUAUCUGUCUCCUCUAUCGUGAAGAUGCGAUUCAGGAUUAAAAAGAUGAAACACUUAACAAUAAGAGCUAUUAUGUAAUCAUGUCAUGUUGAGUAGUAUUAGAACUUAGAAGAUAUGAAAAUAUCUUAUAUCUUAAUAUUAUCUUAGAGUAUCUUUGAUUAUACUGUAGGAUUGAUUUCUGAGAUUAGAUUAUCUAAGACUAAUUUCAUAUUUUGUUUGUAGUAAUUAUCGUUAUUUGUUUCUCUAUUUAAUUAGGAUUUUGAGUCUUGUAUUGGUAUACAUAAGAGUUAGUAUGUAGUCAUGCUAUAUCAUCAAAUAAUUAUCAACCAUAUUAAAGCAUAAUUAUAUUUCAAAGUUUAUUAUUUCUCCCAACUUAACAAAGAGGUAAGGAUGCUGUCAGUUUCAACCCUAUAUUAUUUGUAUUGAUGGGUUAACUAAAAGUAUCUAAAGCUGUGUUUACUUUUAGAUACUCAAUGAUAUUUUCGGAGAUGUAUAUCUGAAAAUAUCUAGCGGAAAAUUGAAUAUAUGACCAUCUUGCAUGAUCAUCUUCCUCACUCUUCAAACUCUUCAAACUCCUCCAUUACAAGAAAACCCUUGAAAAAAACUCAUUAUCAAUCAACUUUUCGAUUCCACACUAGAUUUCAUGCAUUUUAUCACAUCAAAGAGAGCAUAAUAAGUUACAAUUUAAGGUAAAGUUCUCUCAUUUCAUCCCUCAUUGCUUGCAUUGAUCUUCAAUUUGUGCUGAAAAAAUGUUCGCUUUGUCUGUAAAUAAAUAUCUGAACUCACCUACAUUCUCAAGAGGAUUGGGCAUUGUUGCUUAAAGCUAGAGCUUUGAAGAAUGGGAUCCCAUGUAAGUACCACAUUCAUUCUUUCAUCUGGUGCAACUUAAAGAAAGAGUUUGAGGUUAUAAUGUCUAAUUCUUCCAGUCUGAUUGGCAAUGGUUAUUUAACCCACUUCUAGUUGGACUCUUUGUGUGGGCCCCCAUUGAUUAAUCAUAUUCAUAAUCAUAUGCAGAUUUCCAUCAAUACUAAGUAUGAUGAUUUUAUUGUGGAUAGGGCCUGGAGUUUUCCUGAAACCAUUUUGAAUUUGGUACUUGACCUAUUUCAUCUUUCCAGCAAGGUAAUUAUUCCCAUUGAUCAUACUAAGGAUGCUAGAGUUGGGAAUCACAACUCUUUAGGACAUCUUACUAUGAAAGAAGCUUAUCUGUUCAAAGAUGGUCCAACCAAUCUCAUUCCCUAGCUCAAGCAUGUUUGGAAUAUCGACAUUUCCCCUUCAAAGGCUUUUAUGGUUUGGAGACUUUUCCAUAAUAAAAUGUCGACUGAUGACAAUCUAAGUAAGGUGGAGUCCCUAGUGUAAGGUGGUUAUUCAAGCGGACAUUGUGUCAAUUAUUAACUACAUUUGGUUUUCCAGAAACUCUUGCAAUUUUGAAGACAAGCAUAUCAAUUGGGACAAAAAUCUAAAUUGGAUCAAGACUGAGUUAAGGUCAUUACUGAGUUGUCAAAAUGUGUUUUUUGGGCUUGGAGACUCACACCCCGUUGGUUUGGAACAAUGUUCCUCCCUUAUUGAUCCCUCUUGUAAUUUAUGAUAAGUUAGACCUACCUAAUUUUAGGUUUUGUUCUAUUGUGAAGCAAGUUCUUUGUCUUCUUUUUUAUUUAUGAAAGUUCUUGCUUAAAAUAAAUAAAUACUCUUAACACAUUUUUAAAUUUUUAAAUACGAUGCAAGUUUGAAAUUGUUCUAAAUAAUACACACAUAUUUAACAUAACACAAAUUAAUAGAAUAAAAAUUAUGAAGUAAACAAUGAAAUAAUUAAAUAUUACUAAAUUAAUUAUAUUGAUUGAAAAGAUAAAAAGAGAUAAAAGU